AUACAGAGUCCGUGACUGGCUUUAACAUCUUGUAUGUAUGACUGGAUAUUGUUAUCCUUUUUGGCAGCCCUGCAGGUUCUACAGUUGUGCACGUUACCCAUCACUAGUUCACCAAGAUUUAAACACGUAAAUCCGGAUUUAGUGGAAGUCAGUUGUAAAGAAGGAAAAAACAUUGUUUUGGGAACGUGGCUUAGACAUCAAAGCACCGUCAAUGGCGGAUUAAUUCCUAAUCCCAAAAGUGUAGCAGCAAAGGGUGAUUCCUGUUGUUCAUUGUGCUUUUCAACCGUGAGAAAAGAUUCUAGUGUGUGUGUGUUAACAGAAGGCAACAAUAUUACAUACAUUGUGCAAAUUCUACUUCGUGUUACAAUUCUGUCGCAACCAACAACCAGCAGCCUAACACACAGGGUAACUGCGUGUCAUGGAAGUGAUAUUUAUCUGAUCUGUAACGUAGAAAGUUCUUCCCUGGUAUCGAUAAAAUGGCGAAGAAAGUGGGACCACUUAAUCUUUCAUGGACAGUCUUUGUUAAUUUCCGGCGCUCAGAGGGAAGAUGAAGGCAUUUACUCGUGUGAAGCAGAAGAUGAUAGAGGUCAUAUUGUAAAAAGGGACGUCAUUCUGCUCGUUCAAACUCUGCCUUUGAACUCAGUGCCAAAUAGUGAGGUUAAUGUAACCAUUGAAGCAGAUUGGAUUCUACGAUGCAUUGUGGAGAGGUUUCCUGUUCCGGAUGUAUUGUGGUUCAAAGAUAAUACUACUUUUGAUGAAAAAGUAUAUCCAUAUUAUAAUAUAUCAAUAGAGAAGACUGAAAAUUGUACAGUAUUUGCCACGUUAAAAGCAAUCCCAAGUUUCACGACUGAGGCCAUAAAUAAUACCAGUUAUGAAAAUUACACUUGCGAAGCCACCAACAAAUAUGGCACCGUUCUGGCCUAUCUUCAGUUAACUGAUGUCAACGGUGUUACUUCUAACGUAACAGUCAGGAAUACAGAGGAAAAGACUAAACCUAAUAAAUUCAACGUGACAGGGUUCAUUGUUGGGAUGCUGCCUCCUCUUUUUAUUUCCUUCUAUAUCAUCCUGAAACUUGGCAAUCGUUCUCGUUAUGCUGAGGAACGCGCUGAGGAACAGGGUAUACGCGAGGAGCCGUUUUUUGUUAGUUACUAAGGGUGUAAGUUCAAAAUUGUAGAUAUGCUCUGAAUAAAGAAGAUGACCGCUUGAUAUAACUCAGACAUUUGGAAGUAGAGAAAGUCAUCGGAAU